AUGAAUCACACAACUACCAAGAUGGCUUCCCUCACCAGCCAGUUCCGCUUCUGCACCCCGACCUCGCCUGUUGCGGAGAUGUGCACGAUUGGUUGUCCAAAGGAAACAAUGCCCUUCGAGUUCCGCGUGGCCAUGACUCCCGCCAUGGUCACCGAGCUCGUGAGCAACGGCCACAAGGUGUUCGUUGAGACCGGCGCUGGUGUCGCUUCUGGCUUCACCGAUGAGACUUACAAAGCUGCGGGAGCGUGCAUUGUCACCAGUUGCGAGAACGUCUACUCGUGCUGCCAGAUGAUCGUGAAGGUUCAGCCUCCCCAGCCGCAGGAGUACACCUACAUCCAGCCGGGUCAGGUUAUUUUUGCCUUCUUCAACUUCGAGAACAACAAAGCCAUGUUCGACGCCAUGAUGCAGCGCGAAGCCAUCUGCUUCUCUUACGAGCACAUGCAAACCGAAACUGGCAUGAUUCCUGUUCUGCAGUCCAUGUGCGAGAUAUCCGGCCAGCUGGCUAUCACUCAGGCCAUGAAGUACCUCGAGAAGACCAUGGGUGGCUCCGGCUGCAUCCUCGGCAACGUCACCGGCGUGCCGUCUGGCUACGUCCUCAUCCUCGGCGGUGGAGUGGCUGCAAUGCAAGCAGCCCGCGUUGCCGCCAGCACUGGCGCCCAUGUUUGUGUCAUGGAUAUCUGCAUGUCGAACCUGAGAACGAUGUCCGAGACAAUGCCCAAGAACUGCACCACCAUGUACUACUGCACCGAAAAUCUCGUCCAGGAGAUCCAAAAGGCAGACGUUGUCAUUGGUGCCGUUGUCGGCAACGUGACCAUGCCCACGACGAUGACCGGAACGUGCUGCAUGAACACAGUCACCAAGGCCCCAGUUCUUGUGACGAAGGAACAGGUAGCCAUGAUGAAGCCUGGCUCUGUCAUUGUGGACCUGGUCGUCUCCCGCGGAGGAAACUUCGAAACCAGCCAGCCAACUACUCUGGAGAUGCCGACAUUCGUUUGCAACAACGUCAUCCACUACUGCGUGAUGAACAUGCCCUCGGCUGUUCCUCGCACAUCUUCCGUUGCGCUCGCCAACACAACGCUAGUCUACAUUCAGCAGGUUGCAAACAACGGCUGGAAGAAGGCUUGCGUCAAAAACUCGACCCUCAUGCAAGGCCUCAUGGUUGUUAAGAACACGACAACCAACCACAUGCUUUCCAAGCUCUACAACACCACGUUCGUCCCCACGGAGCAGCUCCUUGAGAACGAGAUUAGCACCUUGAACACUCAGUCUCAGACUGAUGCUGGCCUCGUUGCUAUCAAGCAGCAGCUGCACCGGCUGCGCGCCACCACCAGCGCCUUCGGCAACUUCGCUGUCGCGGCGUAG